UUCCAAGAAAAGUACAUCAGUACAAAAUACCAACUUUCCAUUUUCUCCAGAACCUUCUUCUCCACCUCCAUAUAAUCACAUCCUCUUUCUCUCUCCUCCAAAUCACACACAAACUACACUACCCCCAAAAGCUCUCAAAGAACCAGAGUGAUUAACAAGAAGGGAAUGGAAAGGUUGAAUGUGAAAGAGGAAGAGGUGACAGUGAUAUCGUGCACUGCAGGUUCAUCAUCUUCAUCAUCAACAUCACCACAGCCAAUGGAGGGGCUUCAUGAAUUGGGUCCACCUCCAUUCCUCACCAAGACCUUCGAAAUGGUGGAAGACCCAGCAACCGAUUCUGUGGUGUCUUGGAGCAGAGCUCGCAACAGCUUCAUUGUUUGGGACUCUCACAAGUUCUCAACCACUAUGCUUCCCAGGUACUUCAAGCACAACAAUUUUUCGAGCUUCGUUCGACAGCUCAACACAUAUGGUUUUAAAAAAGUUGAUCCUGACCGGUGGGAAUUCGCGAACGAAAGGUUUUUAGGAGGGCAAAAGCAUCUCUUGAAGACCAUCAGGAGGAGAAGGAAUGUCUCAAAUGGCAUUCAACAGCAAGGAGGAGGCCCUUGUGUUGAACAAGGAGGAGGUUCCUGUGUUGAAUUAGGCCAAUAUGGCAUGGAAGAAGAGCUUGAAAGACUACAGAGGGACCGAAAUAUAUUAAUGGCUGAAAUUGUGAAGCUUAGACAACAACAGCAGAAUUCAAGAGAUCUGGUCACUGCAAUGGAGGACAGGAUACGAAACACGGAAACGAAGCAACGACAGAUGAUGAGCUUCCUCGCCAAAGCCUUCAGGAACCCUUCAUUUAUCAAGCAGUAUAUUCAUAGCAGGGAACAGAAAGGUAUCAAGAUUGGGCGUAAACGGAGAAUAAGUCUAAGCCCCAGUUUGGAGAAUCUGCAAGAGGAAGUGGUACCGGUGGAUAUAGGUACUGACCCAGUGCUGAACUAUGCAAGCCAAGAGCGAGACGAGGAAGCAACUAUCGCAUUAGAGAUGGACACAUUGUUCUCAAAUGCAUUAUUGGACAAAGAAUCAAGUAGUGAAUUCGAGGACCUAAAUGGGGUGUCCAUUCUUGCAACUAGCGGUGCUAACAUGGAUUACAUUACUGAGGCCACUUGGGAGGAGUUACUCAGUGAAGGGCUUAUAGCUGGCAAUGAAGAGGAGGAAGUUUUGGUGGGUGAUGAAUACGAAGUUGAUGUUGAGGUCGAGGACUUGGUUGCAGAAACUCCAGAUUGGGCGAAGGGUCUGCAAGAUCUUGUUGAUCAAAUGGGGUAUCUCAGGUCAAAAACCUGAAGACUCACUUAGCCAAGAUGUAGUGUUUGAUGUUGUUCUUUGGUGUGUUAGUUGGUCUCUGCAACUCUAAACCUGUUCCUAAUAUUGGGCAUGGGUCAUGAAUUAAAACUUAUGUUGUCGAUGUAUUUCAGUGUGCGUGUGUUAAGGCUAAUGCAGUAUUUGUCUCUCGUAUGACAGGGAAUACUGAAAGUUGCAAGGAGGCCAAGAAAUGCUUCUGAUAUUCCGUAUCCUUUGAUUGUAUCCUUAUUUCUUGAUGAUGUUUGGUUAUCUAGUAAUUUGAUUUUUAUUUAUUUUUGUUAAAUUUGAGGUCUUUUUACUUGUUUGUGAUCAUUCUUUUCCUGGUUUCAUUUUUCAGGCGGAGUCGCCAGCGGAGUACUCUGUGGAGGGUUCUGAAUCCUUGAUCCAUUUGUGAAGACUCUGUGCUGUUUCUCUUGCCUGUGUAUUUUACUUCCUCUCAAUAUAAAUUUCAGCUUCUAUACAAGUGCAUGAGAGACUUAAUAUGAGAUACUGUGAAUAUAUCAGUAUGAAGUUCUUAUUUUAGUCCGUUUGAUUCAUUUCUCUCAUUUGUUUGCUUUGAAUUUUGUAGCUAAGCUUGUUAGCAAGUGACCAAUUGGAGAAAAUUUUCUUUGUUCCAGUAGUAUGAUGUUAUCAACAACUUUUAUCUUGUCACAUAAAUAAAAAGCUUAUGUUUCAAUGGUUUCUAUCAUCAUGUGUAAGUAUAUUUAGUUAGUGAGUGAUAUCGUAUUAUUAGUA